GACAAUGAUUUCGUUAUUGAUCCAAAUUCCCGGGAUACUUUUGAAAGGACUCGGUUACAUUAUACAGUGAGGAUCGGAAAUUUCAAUGCCACUCGUUCACUGCUUAAUGCGGGAGCAGAUGUUAAUGCCAUAGACGUUUUUGGUAGUACACCUUUGUCAAUAGCUUGUAUAGACAAGCCAAGUCCAGCCAUGGUAAGAUUAUUAUUGGAACACAAUGCUGAUGUCAAUCUGGAAAGGCCGGGUACUAUAGACUUACUAUUGGAGUGCGUCCUAAACUGCACGACACCAUUGCAGGCAAACAUUAUUAACAUUUUAAUCAGGCAUGGAAAAAAUAUUAAUGCAACCGAUGCAUUGAGUAACAGAAGCUGCAUGCAUAUGGUUGCCAUGACAGGAUACAUCCCGGUAGCAGAAUCUCUCUUAAAAAUGGGAGGAAUUGUUAACAUCAGAGACAACUUUGACUACACACCCAUGAAAAUAGCUAAUAUGCAUGAACACUUCGAAACAUUAAAACUGAUGCAAUGUUAUAAUAGACUUGUAUGACUUUUGAAAUUAUAUUUCUUUUAUACCGGG